UUCUAUAUUUUUCCUCUCGCAAACCGAAGACAGAAAACAGGAAGGCCAGGCCAUGGCCAGCAAGUUUCAGUUAAAAAUCUGCGAUCACCAUCACUAUGUUCAUAAUUUGGAGCUUCUUCCAAGGGCACCCAUCGCACUUCUAACUCCUUAAAAUCUCCCAUUUUCUAUUAUUCAACCCAAUUUUCUCUCUUUUUUAUUUCUUUUUUUUUUUUCAUCUUUGCCAUGGCGAUCCCUGCCGUGCUCGUUAUUGUUCCUCUCGGCGUUCUUUUCAUCCUUUCCGGCCUCAUCGUCAAUUUUAUUCAGGCACUUGUAUUUGUUCUUGUUCGUCCCAUUUCAAAGGGUGUAUACAGGAGAAUCAACAAAGUAGUUGCUGAAUUGCUAUGGUUAGAGCUCAUUUGGCUAAUCGAUUGGUGGGCAGGUGCCAAGGUCGAAGUGUAUACAGAUCAAGAAACCUUUAAAUUAAUGGGUAAAGAGCAUGCACUCGUUAUGUGCAACCACCGAAGUGACAUUGAUUGGCUUGUCGGAUGGGUCCUAGCCCAGCGUGCAGGUUGUCUCGGUAGUGCCUUAGCCAUUAUGAAGAAAGAAGCAAAAUUCCUCCCAGUCAUUGGCUGGUCAAUGUGGUUCUCUGAUUAUAUUUUUUUAGAAAGAAGCUGGGCGAAGGAUGAAAGUACUCUGGAGUCAAGUUUUCAGUCGCUUGAGGAUUUCCCCAUGCCAUUUUGGUUGGCACUUUUCGUCGAGGGAACUCGUUUUACACAACAAAAACUUCUAGCAUCUCAGGAAUAUGCUGCAUCUAGAGGAUUGCCUGUCCCUAAAAAUGUUCUGAUUCCUCGUACAAAGGGUUUUGUUUCAGCAGUGAGCCAUAUGCGUUCAUUUGUUCCAGCUAUUUAUAAUUGUACUGUGGCGACUUCCCCCAAAGAUCGCGCACCUACAUUGUUGAGGAUCUUUAGAGGCCAAUCGUUCGUGGUAAAAUUGCAAGUCAAGCGACAUGAAAUGAAGGAAUUACCGGAAACUGCAGAUGGGAUCUCACAGUGGUGCAAGGAUUUAUUUGUUACCAAGGACACGUUAUUGGAGAAGUAUGUGACCAAGGAUUCAUUCAGUGAUCAACAACCUAUGAACAUCGGCCGACCAAAAAAGUCGUUGGUGGUUGUUAUUUGUUGGUCAAGUAUCCUGGUUUGUGGCAUUGUUAAAUUCUUCCAAUGGUCUGCACUCCUAUCCUCAUGGGAGGGCAUUGCAUUCUCAGUUGCCCUCUUGAUUCUAAUAAUCCUUGUUAUGCAACUCCUCGUUCAUUCGUCCGAGUCGACGCGAUCUACACCUGCCAAUGUACUGUCUCAAGAUCCCGCCAAGGAACGGCUACUUAAGAAAUGAGAUAAGCCUCUGUCAUGUGGCUAUCAGAAUGCAUCAUGGAUUCACAUUCACUCCAUUCUUUGUGAAAUUUAGCAACUCUUUCAACACCAAAGUAUAGAAUAGAAAUUCUGUCUGAAGCAUCAUUCCAAUUUAGGCAUUUGGGGUUGGUUCAAGUGUGUAGGUGUAUUAAUUAAAACUUUAUUACUUGUAUAGCCAUAGUGAUUGGUAGAAGUAGCAUUCAUAAAAUAUUUGUCCUCUUUGUACACGUUCAAUACUUCAAUCCCAUUCUUUUCAUUUCAAUGGAAAAAAGGUUCCAUUUACUAAA